UGUCAGCAUAUCGCUGGUGCAGUCUAGCGGAAUGGUGUACUGUGCCUACUCCAAGUCAAAUAAGAUCACCAGACUCCAUCUGGGCUAUCCGAGCUGCGAAACGGACCUUAUUACGAAUACGCCAAAUCCGAGAGCAAUUGCUAUUGACGAAUCUGGAUGGUACUUGUACUGGUCACGUGACGGUGGCAUUGACAGAAUAAACCUCUCUUCCUCAAGGCGACAGACUAUCUACCAGAACCCUGAUUUUAUGAACAUCACAGGACUUGCCAUUGACUCUUCAGGUCCGACUACACUCGUCGCCUUCUUCGACAUUGACAAGCAUCGCACGUUCUACAUCGAUCUCAGCGACCCGGACAACGUCGUCGAACUCACUACGUCUUUUCCUGCCAACGACUUCCUCCUCGUGACUCAAAUGAGCGUCUACGGCGGAGACAUGUUUUGGACGAAGACCGGCGAUUCCGCUGGUUUGAACGCAGGAGUCUAUAGCAUGACCAAUUAUACAAGCUCCCGCGAUCUGAAGUUUAAGGAGGUUCCUUCCUUUAACCAUCCAGUAGGGUUAGUUAUUAGCAAUUUUGAAAAUUGAACUUUCGGUAGUUGUUUAUGAAUACGAAAUUUGAUAAUUUACGAUAAUGACUAUACGUGAUCGAUUCUCUUUUAGAUUAUGCUUUGAUGUUUGUAGUUUAUACUUUGAUGGAGUUACGCAAGUAUGUCAUAAUAUACCAGUUAAAGAAUCUUUAUAUUGAACUUUUUUUAAAAGUGUGAUUCGUUGAGGCUCGUUAAGACAUGACGCGGCAAAAUAUGAAUUAUUAUCAUUAUACAAAUUAUCAUUAUCAAGCGUGAAUCAUUAUAAUCAUACAAGUUAUAAUUUGAUAAACGCUCCA